AUGCUGGAGGUCUUCAUCUCCGUUUUUGUUUUUCUUCGACAUCACUCCUUUGAUGCUAGCCCUGCUGUUUUACUAAUGUCCAUCUUUUGGGUUAUUGCCGGUACCACACUACUGCUGAGCCCCCAGCUGGGUUCGCCUUAUCUUCUAAGCCAUUACAUAUAUAACGUCAUAAUGUCUAUGCUUUUGAUAAAAGAUGUUUACUUUUUUCCCAGCAAGGCGAGUGUACUGCUCCUUCUAAUUCCUCUUUUAAAUUUACUUCCAUUAUUUAUGAUAAUCUUGAUAAGAUUUUUUACUCCACGUCCUCCUAACACCUUCAUUUACAUAUUAUGUUAUUUAACGCAAAUUUUUAUGUUUCUGUGGCUAGAAGGCUGUGGGCCGUAUGCGUUUUACAAGUUGUCCGGGUCGCUGGCCCUUUUGCUCAAGCGCAUUGCGGAAGGUAUCGCCACCAGGGGGUUUUUUCCUGCCAUCUUUAGCACCGAUUCUCUUGUACUAAUCUACUAUAGCGUGCUUACCGUGUUCCACUACCAAAUCAAUCUAUCCUUUAUGCAUGCCCAGAACACUGCAGCCAUAAGGGAAACAAAGCUGUUCUUUGCGCCCUCGUUCAUUCCUCUGCAGCGGUUUCGUCUACUUUAUCUCAUUUCCUUGAUCGUCCAGCAGUUCUUUGAAAACAUAGUCUUUUCCAUCUACUUUGUCUAUUGCGCUCUGGUCUUUGUUAACGCUUAUCUCAUUGCUUCGCGCGGUUCGCUCUCCCAUGUUCACAACGGUCCCUGGAUAACCCUAUCCCUUUCAACCUUCAUUUUAUUUUACAGCUGCUACAAUAUAUUAAUAACCAUAUUUCCGUUGAUCGUAGGUAAGGUCUCUAGAUACAGUACUCUUUUAAUGAUUUGUCUACCAAUCUCUUUGGCUGUUUCAGUCGGUGUGACUGUAACGCUCCUUGUGCUCGGAAAACGAAUUAGGAUAAACGUCAUUAACGAUCAUAAGCGGAUCAAGGUACGGCACUCUUCUAGCUUUCGUGGACGACACAGGUGCCUUACAAUCAGACUUCUGUCCACCAUUCCGGCAAAGAAUGUUAGCGUUAAGGUUCUGACUUCAGAUGGCCAUCAUCCUGCCAUGCAGAAGGACACUGCUGUUCUCCUGGAUCCUACUGCAAUCCAGAACUAUACCCUUCAUACUCCUCUCUCUAAAUCUAUGGUGAUGAUAUUGGCGUUCUAUUUUGACAUUCAUACAGUCGCUAGCUUUGUUUUACCAAAUGACUACACGUUCACAACCGAUGAUAUCAAUAGCUUGGUGUACCUCAUAAAGGAUAGCAAGUCCACCAGGCGUCUGCCAGAAGAGCGCGUCAAGGAAAGACCAGGAGCACAUCCCAAUUCUAUUGUUUCUUUACCACAGCUGCAUAGCGACGCGAACAAUCUAAUCGGCUCCCCGCCCCUUACCAGCUCUAUUGUGGAUUCAUCAAAUAUUGAGCGGCCACGUUCAGCCAGUGCUACCCACCGACAUACCACUUUCCUACACCACGCCUUUUCAAUUCCCGACACUAGCCUCACCAUGAAUAGAGAGGCACUGGCGGUUGAGCACUUGGUGAGCUGCUCGACAGAUGCACCAGCGCCCUGUUACAAGUCAUCGAAUGACGCUCUCACUUAUCCAUCUAAUAGCUCGUCCGAAGACUCGCCCAAUUUGUAUGGCAUAUCAGCUACACAAGGCGCUAACUGCCCGUUGCCAACUGGACAUACAUCCAAGGCUUCGACCACCCCUAAAACGGGCUGUGAGACACCAAAAGAGCUUCCCCUUACGCCAAAUCAAAAGAUUUUUAGGGAUUUUCUGGGCACAUUAGACCCUCAGAAAAUCUUCACAUAUGUUGUACAAGCAGAGAACCUUCUAGAGGAUUUCAGACUUUUCUAUGAGAAUAUAUAUGCAUCGCUGUUUCUUUCUUAUUGCGCUGCGUCGCAAACUUUAGAGUCUAUGACGUUACUGGACAUUGAGGAAUGCCUGCCUAUCCCUCUUCUUUUACGCUAUCUGCGUGCAUGGAAGACGCCUAGUGACGCAUAUAACAGUAUUAUAUACUACAUUGAUCAGUUAAAGAGCGUAGACGACUUGAAGCGGGAAUACCAAGCAGCGCGAGCCACCCGUCGAGAACUUGAACAUGCAUCCACUGCCCCUAAUGCAACGCGCAGCCUUACUCUCAAGCCCAUUUUCGUGGAAGCAAGGAAAAUACCAUCUUUCACUUGUAGCAACUCGUGCACAAACUGCCCUCGGUGUAGGGUACACGCAGUCUGCAACCACUGUCAUGCAAAAAUAGCAAUCCUUCUAAAAUCCACAUUUAACUUUGUUAUGGGGAGAAUGAAGACAGAUAAACCGCCAUCUAGAGGCUUCAAUUGUCCAGAUUGCAAUCGGCCAUGUUCGCUCAAGAUUGUAGAGUCACUCUCAAAGAAACAGAAUAGGAAGAUCCCCGGCACAACUCUGCACACCACAUCUGUCAAGCCAAGGAUACCUCAAAAUUACACAACAUUUCUAAACAAAUUGACCCCUCUUGGGCGGCGCAUUCAAACACCCACAGCCUACUCCAGAAAAAAGCUACCAGCCGUGGACUUCUUAAGCUUUGAGACUGUAUCAGAGCAAACAGACGCAAACCUACCUCACUCUCGCCAGCAUUCAAAGCGCUUGUCGCGGGAUGUUGUGCAGUUAUUACUAAAGGCAUUUAUAAAUGACAUGGAAAACAGCAUAAACGAAGAGACCCCCAUGAUAUGCGAGUGGGCCACACAAAAGUAUGCGUCCACUAAUGCUACUGAUCAGGCCAGUCUCGAUGCAAAGCAGCGGCCAAACUCAAACACAGACUCUAAGAUGUUUUCCCGAGAUCAAAAUAUUGGACUUCUGCACAAGAGUUACUCCGUCAUCUCUCCUCAGAACUUCAAUGGAUCAAUCUACUUUUUAUCGCCCGAGAUAUUUGCAGAUGUCACCAUAUCCGAGGAAUCGAAAUCUUUCCUCUAUAACUGUAGAAAGCAGAAUUAUCUCUUUACGAUCUUCCUCCCAACAAUUACAAGCACAUCAAGCACAACAGGCAACAUCCAUCGUUUAAGUUUUGCCUAUGACAGAGCGGCAAGCCUCACUAGCCCCCUGAGAAUUCUACGGAUGAAGGUGCUAAUCCACCUGGCUCGGAUGCUUUUCCCUGUCCAUCUGUAUGUGGAUAGUAUUUACCCAAUCCAGCUUGUCCCAUGCUACAAGUUUUAUACACUUGGAAGAAGCUAUAUAGAAAAUGCCACAAACCGUGUUUCUAUGAUCUAUAGUCCUGAAUUUUUAUUAAAAAGACAAAAGGACUCGGAGGUCCGUGUAAUUAGUAAGAACACGAGCCUGAAGAAAAGCAUACAAGCAAUGUAUCAUCAAGAGCCUCUCUACCUAUAUUGUCUUGCUCAGAAUGCUCUAACUAUAAAGACACAAGACAAAAUGGAUAGCUCUAUUCUGCAGUUUGUUAACGUAGAGUAUUUAUUUAUGCAGGCUGCAUUUACUGGUAUCAGUAGCUCCUAUCUAUCGUUCUUCUAUCGCUUGUACUAUACCAAUAACGUCUCCUUUUUCACCCACUUGCUAUCUCUCUCGAAACACUCCAGCGACGCCGAUUUUCCAGUGGAUCUGACAACGAAACUGGACAAGCACGGAUCCAGCCUUUCUACUAUUCCUGGGUCCAUAGCUAUCAAUGGACUAUCAAUAGCUUUGAACUGCCACACCUUAUCAGAUCAAACGGCGGAUGCCUACGCAGUGAUUGAUAGGUUGCUAGGUGGAAUGUAUUCGGUUCAAAUACCGAUCUAUACUUGGCUGGAAAUGGCAAAGAUACGCCUCUCUACAUGCACUGUUUAUUUGGAGCUUUUGCGCGGACUUAACUCUGACAUAUUUUCAAGAUACGAGAGUGUGCCUGCAAUCACCAGCAGCCACUCUGUCCCCAUGGAAAUGUCAAGCAUACCAAGCAUACCAUCGGGUUUGGAACUGGAUGCUGAUGAGAAACGGACUCCAUUGGUAUUUGAACACGGCAUUACAAACGCAGAAAGGCAGGACAAAACGCGUCUCAGACACGGGCACUCCUUUAAUGUGUCUACACUUGAAGAUUACCACCGUCUGCAUGAUGCCAUUGCCGAGCUGCUCUCUGUAUGCCAAACCCUCCUGGAUAAACAAGUGAGUGAGCUAGGAUUUCCUAAUGAAUCACAUGAGGUCCAGAUGACAAGAAUAUUAGAUGGUUGUAAGAGCUUUUUUAGGCAUUACUAUGUGUUCUCCACGCAGCACUUGCUUCACGUUGUCUUUGAUCUUCCUGGUAUAGUGAAGUACGCUCCUCGCAACACUCGUAGUAAGCCUAUUUAUCGUUAUCGCAACGGUAUCCCAGAGCUCAUUACUCACUCACGAAAGUAUUCUAAUCAUCCGACUGAUACCCUAGAUGCAGCAAGCGCUGAUACUGAAGAACUUGGGAGCGAGUCUAGCAGCGACUAUCUGGAAUCUCCCCCCUUGCGUCUGGAGCCUGACAUUGAGGACAGUGGGUCCGAUGUCCAGGACAAUUCUACUGCCUUUGUGGCACACUCCCCGGCGCUAGCAUUGGAUGGCUUCAACAAGUUAUUUAUUCCGCAGCUCCCUCACAUGGCGACCUCCUCCCACCCAAAAGCCUUAGUGAUUUCCAAAAAGCAGAUUGCGGCUAAUUUAUUUGCUAUUUAUGAGCAUGUGAUCCUAGAGAAUGAUAUGUUGGAGACUAUAUUAUUAAAUAAUAUUACCAUCAACGGACUGCCAUCAAUUGACAUCAAUGGCAUGCCCUUUUCUCUUCUAUCUCUUUUGGGAAAGACCCCAUCUCGGUGUGUCGAUGGUUCCCCGACAAAAGACUCGAGCGAUACCCCGCACGGGUGUACCCCUACCACGUCCAUAGACGUAGCCAAAUUGCAAGAUUUACUGAGCUCACAUGCACAAGCACUAGCAAAAGAGAAAUACAUUGAUAAGCUCAUGCAGCAUUUUAGCUCUCGAUCUCUCUAUGACAAGGUGGGCUCUGAUCAUUACUCGCAAAUCUCCGCGCCUCGUCUGCGUCAAAUUAUUCUCUCUCUUAUUACAGAUAAUGCAAGCGACUACCAGAGUAGUGCUUCGGGUUACGGUAACAUGUCCUUGGAUAAUGCCCCGCCCUCGUCGAGCGUCUUGGAUUCCGAGCCAUGUGCUGGUGCGGCUCCGGCCCUCCCCAAUGUAUCGGCAACAUUUAGCGCAACGUUUAGCACCAGUGCCAGCACAACCUAUUCUCACGUAACAGAGGCCCAAAACACGUUUACUGAGCCCCUAGUUUCUGCUAAAGACUUCGCAUUCUUGGGGCCAACAAUGGCGAGUAAUGUAGAUCGGUUUGGCAUAAAGAGGAAAGCAGGCUACAAGUCCUCCAAGCUUUCAAGUUGGAAGUUCUCGCUUUCCUCAUUAAACUCAUCAAAGCUACUUCGUAGGUUUAUCAGCAAAGGAAGCAAGAGCUCAUCGCUGUCUCUUUUGGAACCGGAAAAAAUCAAGCUCUUCUUAAAAGCAGGUUCCGCAUAUGUCCCAUUUGAUUUUCCUCUUUCAGGCGGCUCAGUGUCAUCUUCACUUGCAAGCGAUCCUGUUAGCACGCAGCAGCUACUCCUUGCGAUGAUUGUGAUGCUCAAUUUACUUCACCUGUACUCCUCUUCUAACGUGCUCACAACUUAUGAAUAUCGUGGCCGGCAGCUUCUAACUCUUCAGCAAAAUCGCUUCAUUGUGGACUCGACUGGAGAGUAUUAUCCGGCAGCCUAUAGACAAGAGCUAGAGCAAUCCUAUACCCUUAACUUUAAUACUCAAAAUCCAGACGACGCUGUCAAGAAGUUUAUCUAUUGCUUUGAUGAAUCCUUCACGGGACUGUUCCCAAUCAAAAGCCCGAUCCUGUGCAAGCGCUACCUUAACACAGACUUUGAUCUGACGAUACCUAUUGAUGGUAUGAAGUAUAUCCACGUGUCAGAUUCCCCCAGUAACCUUCUAGCACCUACAUCGCGCUCUAAGUGGCUUGAGAACUUAAAGCAGCCAGAUUUCAAUACACCAAUCAACGUUUAUGAAUGUAUAGAAGCACAAGUAUCAAUGAACAUGGGAUUCUCGCUGAUUAGAUAUAGACUGAGGUUUAGGAACUUGCUACUAUAUAAUAGUAUUGUCUUCGACACUCUUAUUCAGUUGCGGAAUAUAAUUAGGGUAGAUAGCACCUUGAGAGCAAAGAUACAUGCCUAUAAGAUGCUCCCUCGCUUAGGAAUGUUCUCUAACCACUCUGAUGUCCUGCUAAAGAGCUUCUUUGAGAAAAUAAUAAAUAUCCAGGACUCCAUUCUUACAUCAGAUCCAUCUGCACUCCACAUACCUCAUGGUGGGGCCACCAUGAAGGCCUCAAUUGCUGACACGAGAAACAGCGCGCCCACACCCAUGCUAAUCCAUCACUGUAAGCGCCUCCACGAGUGCCUAGAUGUACUGUGCAGAUAUGAGCACAUCCUUCAGAGUCUUUGGACCAUGAGACUUACGCUGUUGCGCCACAGCUAUGCAGAAGAGGACUUUCUUCUUCUGCUACAAAACGAGUGUCUCAGAGCCCUCUCCACAAGCUAUGGGAUUCCCAGUGAGUACUUCUUUGCGCUCUUUUCUAAUAUUAUGAACUUGGACCCCGAGACGAAGCAGUGCUACAUGUCCUCGUCCAUAGAGCAUGCGUUCCCGAAACAUUAUGCACUAUUGUACCAAUUACGAUCCAGUAACCAAGAUGAUAGGGAGGUUACUCUAUCGUAUCCACUAUUGGAUGAAAGCACAUAUGCCCGACAGCAAAACGUUAUUCGUUACUUUUCGGCGAUGGAGUAUGACGCAAAGAGAAUCGAGACGGCAAACAGAAAGUUCUUUAUCACGAUAGCAGAGCUGUUCGCAUUAGGAAAAGAUCCGCUCGGGCAGAUAGAACAUAUCUUGGCAGCGUCACCCAGGGCCGCAGGAGCUUACAUUCUCGGACCAACUUUUGAUACCUUACAAUUAUUUAAAGGAACUAUUGGGGUUGAUGCGGCUUUUCCUCACUCCAAUAUCUCAAUUGCAACAAAAGACCCUCUAGACAAAGCCGAGGAACCCAAGGAUUUCGAUGAUCUUGCAUAUUCUAGCUCAGUCUUAACAGAUGACCCAACCAAUAGCCUGUGUCCUUCGUCAGAGACGACCUUAUCAAUGACGCAAAAUUCUCAUCCUCCAUUGGCCAAAACAACCGCCAAAGACGUGCAGCAUUCUGAUUUUCAGAGUAUCUUUCGCAAAGACAACUCCACAAUAUCAAAUGUUAAGGAUGACUCGUUCAAUCGGAACAAACGUAGCUGUGGAAAACCAGAUCUUAAUUCAGGAGCCUGUGCGCGCAUACAUACGCAACAUUGGCGGAUUGUAGCUUGUCUCUAUACAAACAGCUCACUGAUCCUGAUAACGCUCUUUUACAUUUUCCUUGUGUGCUACCUUCUCUUUAUCUACUCAUACUCCCUAACAAACCACGUAAUAGCUAAGAGCUUGCUUCAGCAAGGCGGGCAUAUCUCAGGCAUGAUGGCGGCCCUCUCAGACUUGCAGACUGAGAUAAACAUGAAUGUGGCCCUCCAGCAAACCAAGAAUAAUCCCUUUGAGAUUCUUUCCAGCUAUGCCGAACGGUUUAAUGAAAUUGCAAACAAUGCUUAUUCUGCCCACGUAAUCACGGCUGCCAUGUACAAUGGUUUAUCUAUUAACGAUGUUGUUCAAAGGGAGCUGGAGCUCUCUGCCUUCUGGCCACCCCCGAUGUUAUACUAUUCUGGAGAGCAGAUAAUGAACGUAGAAGACUUGAAUGUUAAUAGUGGUCAUCAAAAUAUCACUUGCACAGUUACAAUGGGUACCCUUUCCGACCAGUCUAUUGCCACCUUGACGAACUCCAGGGACAAGUGGCCAGCGAACUUAAGCUAUUUGAAAUCGAAAUUAUUGCCACUUAAAAAUCUAAAGUACCUUUUAAACUUUAAAGUUUGGACGCAGACAAGGGAUUUUCUACAAUUGCAACAAUCAGAUAUAAAAGAGUACCUCGACACUUACAAUGAGUUUAGCAUAGGACUAUAUGAUGGGAGCUUCCGUAAUUUUAUCACUAACUACCCUGUUACAAUCCCAAUUACCUCAUCUUAUUCGAUUGAGCAACCAGAUGGCACACUAAAAGACCAACUCAAUUCUCACAGUACUAAUUAUUUUGAAACUACUGAUAUACUCGUCAAUAGGGUAGUGUGCAUAGCUGCCUCUAUGAUAUAUAUUUCUCAGCAAGCCUCUAGCUUUAAUCCUCAAUACAUAUCCUCCAAAGAGUCCUCAAUGUUGACUCUUUAUAGGCCAAUGGCCAGCCUGAUGUUGGAAACAGAUUUCUUACAAACAACUUACCAGAGCAUGUAUGUUAAUCUUCAAGAGAUUAUGAUAAACACGUGGGCAAUGUACUCUAGAUACACGCUUAACAGGCUGGUUCUUCUUGCAUUUACAUUUCUGGCAGUUGGACUUUUUAUUCCCCUCUAUUACUUAAGCUUUCAGAGAGUGCAGCGAAGGCUUUUGAAGGCAAAGCUUGACCGCGCCUGCACCCUUGCCAACAUCCUCUCCUUACCAAAAGCUAUAUUAGAGAGCCUAAUGGACAAUUAUGCUCAAGCCUCGAUGAUCCCCUUCAAGCAAUUCUUGUGGGGGAAUAAGGGGUAUUCGGCAACAGACAUAGACUUGCCCAGAGAAUACUACUCCGACAUAUACUCAUAUACUCAGAGCAAAUCAGUGUACAAUCAGACACACUUUAACUUGGCGGAGCUCACCAUACAUUCCUCCAAAGUCAUUGAAAAUAACGUGAAAAUCAAGCAACACAACGACCCCGACUGCAGCUUAAAAUUUUAUUCGCACACAGACGAGAUCUCCCUUAUUCUUCGCCUUGUUGCUAUCUACGACAAUUUAAGCAAUAGCAAGAUGCACAUCUUAUUAUAUACCUUUGCCUGUAUGGUGUUCUUUUUCUUUUUCAUCGUUAACAUGACAUUUCCACUUCAUUUUCGGAGUCCCUUUGUCUCCUCUGGGCUAGACAUCAACAGCUACUACGGACACUGGGGUAACAUCUCUCACUUAGCUUUCCAGCUUCCUGUCAAUGGCUGGGACUCUGCAACGAUAUAUACGGAGCAACUAGCGCAGCGGCAACUAUAUAACAUUAGCCAAAUCACAAAGUAUUGGGCAGCAGUCCAGUCAACCCCGUCUUCUUUUAUCGUCGAUGGCAGCGACCUAGUGGCAUACAUGACUGGAAUUCGCGCCACCGAAUUUGCUUCCGACAAACUUUAUUCCCCAUUCUACAUUAACAAGUACAUGGAUGAGCUUGUGCAGACACCGUUUCUAUAUGCUUUUGACUACAUUAAGGAUCAUACUAAACUGGUUGUGUCGCUUCUGCAAUGGUUAGAUGAUGUCAGCUUUAUAAGCUCCGCAUCCUAUGGCGCCUCGAGAUGCUUGGAAUGUACCACAAUAUACUACCUCUUGCAGUAUGUUCUAAAAGUCUCUCCUGUGUCGCUAAUAUACCAGAUAGAACUAUUAUCCCAUCUUUCUAGCGUCAGCACAGAGGAUCUUAUAAAAGCUGACUAUUAUCUGGAUUUCUUCACGGUACACAAACGCUUUUUAGACGUGUUUUCAAAUAUUCAUGAUAAGCUGUGGCAGGGACUUGCCUCUUCUGCAGACGUAUCCACCAUUUCUGCAUUUAUGCAGCGCUAUAAGUACUUUGCCAACUAUAAUACCACAGGGGCUGCCAAUUACGAUGAAAGCGCAGCUAUUGCCCUGGUGAACAGUGUGCCGCCUAAUACUGCCCUACCGAGCAUGAUCAGCAAGCAUGGAAACCUUGUGCGCAAAUUACUCGAACGUCUCUAUGGAGGGUCUAUUAUUUUUGAUGCUAUCAUCUUCUUGCUAUUCUUGAUCUCCUUGACUGCAUACUUAAUAGUAGGCUGUGUAUUUGUAUACAAGAGCGUUCUGUUGACGGUUAGAAUGUAUACGAAAAUCUCUGCUGUCACACGGUGCGCGUGUAGUAUCAAAUACCUUGUUUCUUGCUUUCUGCCCCUUGACUUAAUGUUUUUGGUUCCGGCUCUGUUAGUCGUGGCCCUUAUUAUGUCGCUGCCGAUCAUUUAUGACGCAAGCACAACCAUGGUAGCAAUACUUGGCAACUACAUAAACUAUCCUCUAUCUGCUGAGGCCAUUUUGCGUGAAAAUGCCGCAUUUUCUCAUCAGCUGACUCCUUUGUCAUAUACAAAGUUCUCCACGAUGCAGACUAUCACAAACUACCUUGCUCUUCUAAUCUUCUUGUUGUCCUCGCUGUCUCACCACGUAAUUCUUCGUAGCAGAACGGUUAUUGAUACCGUAGGCUACAUCAGGUAUACCAAGGGACAAGAGCAAGAGCUGUUCAACGCAGAGAAGAAUCCAUUUGUGCUUUCUAUUAAGGAAAAGGUUACUAUCUGCAGGCCUGCGAACAACUCGGCUAUGGAUCAUGACAAAAAUGAUGAUAGUAACGACAGUAACGCUUACUUUAAUUUGUAUGAUGAUUAUAUACCUACAGCUGAUAGUCUAGCAUGCGAUGAUGCUAAAAGCAUUGGGAAGGCUGGCGCCCAUAAGCCAAAUAAGGACCCUUUCCUGCGAGAAGAGUGCGAAACAACUGCUACUUAUGACCUACCCGUUUUUCUUCCACCGUUGUUCAUACCUAAACAGAAGUUGGAAUAUGUUGAGGUCUUCUUGCGCUACGCUCUGAUCUGCUUGCUUAUCUGUUCAAUACACUUACUUCUUUCUGCAUCUCGUUUGGCAGACUACAAUCCAAGGAACAUCCCAAUUGCGUUUCUUGAUCAAUUAAUACAUAAUUAUAAUGUGCUACGGGGGCAACUCUCACAGAUGUAUGCAUAUCCGCCGACAAAGUACAGAGAGUCCCAUCUGAUCGUCACUACCUUUAGAUGCUUUAGACAACUGAUCACCUUUCUCUUGGCCAACAAGUACACGCAAAGGACCCUAUCCAUCCCCAUUCAAAGCAUGCGCGUCUUCAAAAAUAUAGGCAUAGACAACGCCUUCUACCAGUAUGGCCAACACAUUAAAGACUUUCUCCAGUCAAACAUAUAUGGCUAUACCAAUAAAGUGAUGGACUUCUCAGGAUCAAGUGUGGAAUAUGACCCCGUAAUGCCGACCACGUGGAUGAGUGGGAGCAAGUAUUAUAACAUGUGGUCCAACCUUCCACCUAACAACAGGUCACGACUGUUUGUGUCAACCAAGAUUCCUAACUAUCACAAAGACGGGUUUGCUGACAACAGUGUCCUUUUUCCGCUCUACCAAAAGCUUCUUCUUUUUGAGUAUGCAUACUAUCAGCCGAACUUCGCCAAUAUUCAGAAGGACCUGGAUAACUUGUUAACGCGCUCGGCUACUGGUACGUAUGGAUAUAACUUUCCUAAUUUUCUCCCUGAGCACAAGAAGAUCAUAUUCUUUGACAUACUGAGGAACCAGAUGUGGACGGAGAGCCUCUAUUGUAACCAUUACCUUAGAAUGGCCGGCAUACUUCUACACUCUAUUUCAAUCCUCCGAGCGCUCACAGAGCUGUCGGUUCUUUUAAUUAUCAUUCUAGUUGUUGCAAUUAUUCAUAUAACGGCAUACAAGCUUCUGUUACUGUUUUACAAUAAGAAGUUGACUCUAUAUGAGGUUUUUACGGUCCUGUUGUUGAAGCGGAUUCGUGGCCUCGUGAAUUAG